CACGAUGCCGUUUCGUCUCGUGUUUCUGAUCCUCACCAAUCUCUUGCUUGUUGGAUAUGUUAAAGCGCUCUGGCCCCUCCCACAACAUAUGCAGACUGGGGCAACGGCUCUACGAUUGGCUAGCGGGUUUGAAAUCGACAUCUCCUUGUCAACCAUCCCGGACGACCUCGAUGAUGCUAUUGCUCGCACACGAUCGUUUCUGUGGAAUGACAAGCUAGAACGCUUGGUGGUCGGAAGGGGAGCAUUCGACAACGAGUCCAUCUUCCAAGCGAAGACUCUUCGAUCUUUAACCUUGACAUUGAUAGGUAACGAGCCUAUCAGGAGCAUAUUUGACGAGUCAAUCCUGCCUUUGGAUGAGCGCAAUGAGUCUUAUACUCUGCAAAUUCCUGACGAUGGAACGGGGGCAUCUUUGAUAGCCAACUCGAGUCUCGGAUUGUUCAGAGGGUUGACCACAUUCACGCAGCUUUGGUAUUACUAUGGUGGACACGUAUACGUGUUGGAAGCGCCGAUCCACAUUGACGACUCGCCCCUUUUCCCGUACCGCGGGUUGAUGCUUGAUACUUGUAGGAACUUCUUUCCUGUGGACGACAUUAAGCGUACCCUAGAUGCUAUGAGCUGGGUAAAAAUGAGCAUCUUCCACUGGCAUGUGGUCGACAGCCAAAGCUUUCCGCUUCAAGUCCCAGGAUUUGAGGAGGUAUCAGAGAAAGGCGCCUAUUCUUCGAAUUAUGUCUAUUCACCCAAUGAUGUACAAGAGGUCGUGUCAUAUGCUGGAACGCGUGGUAUUGACGUCGUAGUUGAAAUCGACACCCCUGGCCACACUGCCAUCAUUUCACAGUCCCACCCCGAACACGUUGCCUGUCCUGAGUCCACACCGUGGUCAGAAUAUGCCAGCGAGCCGCCGGCGGGACAACUUCGCCUCACGCCAUUGACAACGAACUUCACAGCUUCUAUGUUGUCUGCCAUUGCCAAACUGUUUCCAUCCUCUAUGUUUAGCGCCGGUGGGGAUGAAGUGAAUGCGAACUGUUACGCGCAGGACCCAGUGAUGCAACAAUAUUUGAAUUCCACCGGACAGAAUCUCGAUGACGCGUUGAACGCUUUCGUUCAAAAAACUCAGGCUGUUCUCAUCAAGGAGGGAAAGACUCCUCUGAUCUCAGAAGAAAUGAUUCUCAUGAACAACCUAUCCGUAUCCAAUGAAACGAUUGUAUUAGUGUGGAUGUCGUCCGAUCAUGUUCCGGCUGUCACCCAGAAAGGAUUCAGGGUGAUAUAUGCGGCCUCAGACUACGUAUUUCUCGACUGUGGUGCAGGCGCUUGGGUUGGAGAUGAUGUUAAUGGGAAUAGUUGGUGUGACCCGUUCAAGUCCUGGCAGAAGACGUACUCCGUUGAUCCCCUCGCCAACCUCACAAAGGAGGAAAGCCAACUGAUCGUUGGAGGGCAGCAUCUACUAUGGACCGAGCAGUCAUCGCCAUCGAAUCUUGACCCCAUAACCUGGCCCCGUGCCGCGUCUGCAGCAGAGGUGUUUUGGACAGGGCCUGGCGGGAAUGUCAGCACUGCAUUGCCAAGACUGCACGACGUUGCGUAUAGAUUUGUGCAACGAGGAGUGAGAGCGAUCCCCCUACAACCCCAGUGGUGCGCAUUGAGGCCAGGAGCUUGUGAUCUCGAUGCAUGAACAUUGUGCCUAGACCUAUCAGGAAUGGCAUUUUAUUCGUAUCUUUCCCGGCGCGGCCAUUCAUUUAAGCACAUGGCGCUCGAUAAUACUUGUACUUUCUAAUGUACUUUUGGACAUCCAAUAGGCUCAAAGCUCCAGGUUUGGCUACUC